GGAAGAAAGGGGCAAAAGGCAAAGGUGUAAAACUUGCUGGUGGUACUAAGCAUAGUUUCUCAGACCAGACUUAGAGCUUUUAAAUCCCCUGGCACAUUGCAACCUAAAACUGUCUUUGAGGUUCAGAUUAACACUUCAGUCAGUCACUGGAUAUUGAAUUUACAGCUGUACCAUGUUAACAGCCCAGUAUGCUGUUGACUGACUUCUGCCCAUACCAUAUCUAAGAUGCAGACAGUCCUGUCAAUAUUUUUUCCUAAAAUCCUAAUCCUCUGGUUUUUGCCAGGGUGCACAUUGAGGACCAAUGCAGUGGGGUUAAACCGGAAUAAAAACAGUAGAUAAAUGCAGUAUAGACACCUUCUUUUGUGCAAGGAGUAAAAUUUGGAUUACUGGGAUUUUCCCAAGAUUACUGGGCUGUGACCUGGGUAAUGAUUAUGUUGGCAACUUCCAAACAGCAAAAUUACAGCCAUGAACCUGUGUAGGUGUUCCUGCAGAAUGUCUGCCAACAACCAACCACCAGCCAAACAGGGCGUGCUGCAAAGUGGCCAAGUGACACCUUCAGUAUUUACAAAGGAUGAUGUCAGUCAGCUGGAAAAAAACAACAUCCCGCUGUCCUAUUUAGGAUGAGAAUUUCUGUGGAAGUCAUCCCAGUUUUUGCUGGUUUGUUUUGUUGGGUUUUUUUGUCUCUUGUGUGGAUUCUCUAUGCAUUUCUCAGCACCACUCUCUUUUCAGAUGUACUAUGUGGUGAAAAUCUCUUCAUGUCCUCUGCCCCAUUCUCAUGGUCAGAUGUCCUUCAGGCCUGGUACAAUGAGGAGAAGAAUUUUGAAUAUGGAACUGGGGCAAAAAAGAAAGGUGCAAUGUUUGGCCAUUACACUCAGAUGGUUUGGCACAAUUCUUAUAAAAUUGGAUGUGGUUUCGCUUUCUGCAGCAACACUAAGUACAGUUACUUUUAUGUCUGCCAGUACUGCCCCGCGGGAAACCUAAUAAGUUCAAUGAAGACACCCUACAAGGAAGGAAAGCCCUGUGGAGAUUGCCCCAGUGCUUGUGAGGAUGGAUUAUGCACCAAGACUUGAAAGUUUGAAGAUGCUUUUUUCCAACACUCCUGGCAAAGUGUCCAGGAUGUGCCCAGAGCUUCAUCAAGUCCACUGCUCUGCUCCUGUCAAUGCAAAACUGAAAUAAAAUAACAGGCUCAACUUCUACCUUCCUGCAUAUCCAUCUCCUUAAUGAAUUCUUCCACAAACACCCAGUUCCAUCCUGCCUCUCCAACAUAUGCAGAAGGACUGACUUCAGUACAGUGACUCACACAAGAAAAAUCUGUAGCAUGAUGUACAUAUUCUAUUUAUAUAAUGGUCUAGAGCAUGGUAGAAAUCUUAAUUUAAAUUUGUUGUUUGUUUGCCAGAUAUAUUUAAUUAUUAGUGUUUCUCAUCUUUCUUUUCCCAGAAUGUUAUCUAAUAAACAUUUGUGAAAGG